AUGGAGGGCCUUACAGUUGCAGGUCAGAAAGAAAAGAAGAAACUGGUUUCUGGUACUCAGACUCCCAAAACCCCAAAAGCAUCUCAGGUCUCAGUUCCUGAGAAGAAGACAACGAAGGACAAGAAAGAUGAGAAGAUUGCUGCAUCCACUGGAAGGAAGAGGAAACAUGUUGCUGAAACUGAAUCUAAACCAGAUGUCGAGCCUGAUGUUCCUGACAUUUCCACCUCUGCCAAGAAAAGGAUCAAGGGGAAGAGAAUUCCUUUGAAUGUUCCAGAGGCACCCAUUGACAAUGAACUCCAUGAAGAUGCUUUGGAACUCAAGGAGGUCAUGGAUCUGUUGUUUGAUGCAGGUUUGAUGAAGACUGUCAAGGACAUUGGCAGAUGCUAUACUCAACUGGUUAGGGACUUCAUUGUGAACAUCCCUACAGACUGUGAUGAUGAGAGCAGUUCUGAGUAUAGGAAGGUCUAUAUUAGAGGAAAGUGUGUUAAUUUUUCUCCUAAAGUUGUUAAUGAGUUUUUGGGAAGAAGUCCGGUUGCUGGGACUGAUGAAGAGCCCGAUUUGAAUAGGGUUGCUAUGACCCUGACUGGCAAGAUGGUCAAGAAGUGGCCAAAGAAAGGAUUGCUUCUUUCUAGGAAGUUAACUACCAAGUAUGUUGUACUUUUCAAGAUUGGAUGUGCAAAUUGGAUGGCAACAAAUCACUUGUCUGGUGUAACUGCUCCCCUAGCCAGGAUGCUCUAUCUGAUUGGAACUGGUGGUGAGUUUGAUUUUGGUAAACUUGUUUUUGACCAGACUCUGAAGCAUGCAGGUUCUUAUGCUGUGAGACUGCCAAUUCUUUUUCCCUGCCUCUUGUCUGAACUGAUUGUACAACAACAUCAUCAUGUUGUGAGGGCUGAUGAACCACAAGGUAAGAGCCCUAUGCCUCUCAAGUUUGAUUAUCGCAUGUUUGCUGGGACACAUGUUCUAGACAUUGUGCUGUCUGCAACAAAGGGCUCUGCCAGUGCCAGUGGCACUCAGGCAGUUGGUUCAAGCAAAGAUGAUAUCUUGGCUGAAUUGAGGGGUUGUCUCCAAGUCCUUGGAUGA